UCUAAUAUUUGUUAGAGACUUGUCCAGUUGUUAUUGUACGCUCGUGGCACGCUUGGCUUUGUGCUCUUUGUACGGCACGCGCUAUCUGCAGUCCUAACUCCUGGGUGGGCAGCAACAACAUUUUCGUAUUCUGUAAUUGUUUACUGCCUGCCUGCCUGCCAACAACAACAAGAACAAGAACAACAGCAACAGCAGCAGCAGCAACUGAAAAAUGAGGAUGAGCAGAGAGCACAACAACUGUUAAGGCACGCGAAGAAAGAGCAUAAAGAAAACCGUUGGCAAAGUGCUGUUACACGAAAACAGUGUUUUUUUUUUUUGUGUGUGUGCGAGUGUUUGUGUGUACUUAGAGGAGCACAAUCGACCGAGAAAAAAUAUUAUAAUAAAUAUUUGACGCUAAAAGAGUAUAGAAAAUAAAUAAAUAACACGAUUGGCUUUUGCUGUAUAAGCGCGCGUGCGUGUGCGUGUGUGUGUGUGUGCGUGUGCAAGUGUCGUUAUGCUGUCAUCUAUUUGCAUAGCUACAUGCACAGACAUGCGUAAAUUGUUUGCGUUUUAAAAGUUUAUCGACUAACGCUGCAGUAAACACUGAAAAGGCAGUUGCUGCAUCUCACAAACAAUAACAACAACAAACACAAGAGAGGCAGCCAGCACAAAAGUAUGCAGCGAAAAAUUGCAUUGUCUGUCAAGGACAAAACAAAACACCCUGCCAUGUAGCGACUGGCGUCUAGUCUGCCUGUGUGCGUGCGUGCGUGCGUCCGUGCGUGUCUGUGUCUGUUUCUGUGUGUGUGUGCGUGUAUGUGUGAGUGUGUAUGCGUGCUGUAAGCGAAAGGGUAUCAAAAAUCAUCGAGACACGAAACUAGCUCAAACAUUCAAGAGCACCAAAAACGGAAAACCAGAAUCACACGAACAACAACAACAACAGCAACAGCAACAGCAACGCAGCCUGCAGCUAAACAACAGAAGCAACAACAGCUACAACAACCCCAGACAGGGCAACUCGAACCACCCCAAUCGACAUUUGGCGCCAGUUGGACAACAUCGUGGCCACCAUGUGGUUUCAUGCUUCAACAAUGCUCCGUCUAUUUCCAAUACUUUUCGCUCUGCUGCGGCUGCCCGUUCAAGUCAAGGCGCGAUUCUGCGAGGGCGGGCACAUCUGUUCACUGCCCAGGGAGUGCUGCACCCAAGGCUGCUGUCCGCCGUAUCAGAGCGGGCCUAGGCAGCUGCCGCCACCGUCGGAGCACGUUCUGAACCUGUUCUUUAUCAGUCACUGGUUCUUUUGGUGCGUCGUGGUGGCCGUCAUUUUGGCCAUCCUCUGUGCCUACUCGCUAUGGAAGAAGCGUCGCACACUGUGCGGCUGGGGCUUCACGGAGCAUCACACUCAAUCCGAGGGCGACUCCGCCGGCUCGUGCUAUGCACCGCCGCAGUACAGUCGCUGCAAUUCGUUCCAUCAUCCGCCGCCGCCCUACACGGAGGUCACCUCGAAGCCGGAUCUCUAUCCGCUCGUCUUCACGUGCAACAACGAAAACAGCAAAGGCAACGCCGGCUCCAGCUAUCUGAUGGUGCAAUACUUUCGCAACUAUAUUGUGCGUCCGGCGGGCUCGCUGAGCGCCGCCAGCACCGUGGACUCGCUCAGCUCCAGCUUCAUUUGCAACAUCAACGAGGCCAACACCCUGGUGCCGCCGCCCUACUCCCGGGCAGCCAGCCCCGAGCUUGGCCUGCACUACGGGGCCAACCGGGAGCCGCCGCCCAGCGGCCAGCUGGCGGCACCGCAGUACGGCCUGCCACGCUCCGCAUCGCAGCUGGUGGAGCCGGAGUACCAGCCGCGCGCGCACUACGCGACCGUCGCCCUGGACAGGAAUGUGGGCCUGGGCUCGGGCACGGCCCACUACAGCACGCGGCUGCACAACUCGCACAGCGGCCACUUCUCGCCCGACGAGUCGGCCAUGGACUCCGCCGGGCUGGUGCAUGUGGCCGGCGUGGGCGGCGGGUUCCUGCAGUCGCAGAGCGACCAGCACUUCCGCUACAUGGCGAACAGUCGCAGCAGCCUCAGUGAUAUCUUCGUGAACAACAGCUGCGUGGCGGGCUUCGGUGCGCCGGCGGCGGGGACAGCUGCCGCAGCGGCGGCGUCGGCCAACGAGGCCGGCGGCAUCGCCAACGGCGUCGCCACGCAAGCGACGUCCCUCUGCAGCCUGGCGCUGGCAGCCGGCGGCACGCCUGUGAUGUACAACAGCGGCUGCAUCCAGUCGAAUCCGCUGCACAGCCUCGAGAACUGCUGCCAGCUGGUGUCGGCUGUAGAGGCGGCAGCGGCGGCGGCGGCCGCGGCGCCGACCACAGGCAGCACUGUGUCGGGCGUGAGCAGCCUAUCGAACAUUGGCACGCCCGGCUCGCCGCCACAGGCGACCAGCCCGACGGGCGAGGUGCGCGAGAUUCUGGAUCAGAUUAGCAAGCUGCAGGCGGACGUCAGCUACGAGCAGCUGCUGCUAGCCAAGCCGCAGCUGCCGCCAGCCGCGCUGGCCAAGCCGUUGGCGCGGCCCGCCUCCUUGCUGCACCAGCACUCCACAUCGACCCCGACCUCGACCACGCCCACAGCGGCAACGCCCAGCAGAGCCAAGAAGUUCUACGCGUCGAAGCCGCCCAACAAGGCGCUCUACAUACCAAUGGCUGUGGUGACGCCGCCGGCGGCCCAGCGCUGUGUGCUCAAGAGUCCCAUCAGCAGCGUGGUCAGCGGCGCCAACUUCUUCGUGAAUCGCGGACGGGUCGCCCGCAAGGGCUGGAUCUCGCGGUCGGCACCCACAACGCCGGGCAGCGGGCUGCCGCCCAAUCGGCUGGGCGACGACAGUCCCCUGCUCAACGAGCACGACGAGCAGGAGGAGGACGCCAUCGACGACGAAGACCAAAGCCAAGACGAUCAGCUCGAAUAGACAGCAACAGCUCAAGCGUCACCUAGAUGUAAGCUUUUAAUCAAAACGCAGCUUAGUAGGCCGUCAAAGGACUUCAGAGUGCCAAGAAAUACCAAAAGAUUAAAGAAAUCAACUUUGACUACUGCUAGAAGAAGAUUUAAGUCUAAAUCCAACGAGAGUUUCAAAUAAAAUCAAAUUUGCUUUUAGCCACAGCUCUUAAAGCCGUAAAACAUCCGAUUUGGAUGCCUAACUAUACCUAUGUAUAGAGCAGUAUUAGGGAUAUUCCCUUAGCAGUAAUGCGAGUUGUUUUCGUUUUAGCUUUAUUUUCUUUUGCUUUUUGGUAUUUCUCGGCACACUGAGAACAAUGCACAAUUGAGAAUGGUUAAUGAAUCCAUUUGGUUUAUGUAUGUAUAUUUAGAUAGACAAUUCAACAGCAACAAAAUAUUGGCUAAUAACUGUAAUUAAUCAGGCUUCUGCUCUUGGUCGCCCGACGCUUCCAAUGGCCGAGCGUGUUCCUAAUGCACAAAGACAACAACAACAAACAUGCAACAGCAACAGCAAAUACAUACAUAUAUAUUAUUGCUGUUUCCUUUAAGUAAUUAGUGUAUGUAUGUAUGUAUGUACAUAUGUAUAUGUGUGUGUGUGUCAGACUUAAACAAGAAAAUGAACUUUUCGAUGUGCUUCAAAAUGUAUUGUAAAUGUUUCAAGUUUUAAUGUGUAAAGCUUUAGCUGUAAAGGACUUGCAAAGAGAAAAUACAAAUGCAAAUACAAAUUGUCUUUGUAUAUACAUAUAUGUAUAUGUAUAUGUAUAUGUGUAUUUUACAUGCAUAUACAUAUAUAUAUUUCUUUUUAGGACUAUGUGUAAUGAGAACAUAGAUAAUACUGUAUGGGCGCUAAAACAAAAUCACAUUAAUACACAAAUACAUGAGGAAAUGCAGAAAUCAAUAAUUGAAAAAAAGAAAACGCAUACUUUUUUAAGUACGUGUAAAGAGAGAGGGCGAAUCGCAAAGCCCAGAGAACAAUGCGCUAGAAUGCAGCAGUGCCUUUUGACUAAAACAAAAACAAAAUGAAAGAAUGACAAAAACAAAAACUAAAUCAAAGAAAACUAAUAUUAUCGCGCACAAGCCACGUAUACAUACAUACAUGCACAUUGUAUAUGGAUAGUAAUUAGACAGACUAGCUCAUUAGAAUCAAAUCAAACUAACAACAGAACAACACACGGAGUUAUCGAAACGAAAACUAAGUAUCGAUAAGUUGCGAAUCCCAGCAACAGACACGACCAGUAGGCGGCUCGGCUUAUAUAUAGAAUCGAAGACCAGAUGGCUUUGCUAGUUAGGCUUAAGAUCGAAAGCUUCCAAUUUUUAGUUCGACUUCAGAAAGUGCCAAAACAAAGUAUUUCCCAAACCCAUUUCUUGCCGUAUUGGUUCGAAUGAAAUCGGUUUCAGAUUCGUUUACGAUGCUGGAAAUCACAUUUAAAAUCACUCUAGUUCGCUAAAUUCAAACAUGCCACAGAAAUUCCUCUGUCUCUGGUACUAAACUUAUGCUCAGCUUUCCACGCUCUCUAUGAGAGAACGAGCGAAGCCUUCCAUUAUAUGCGAUAGCCAAUAAGAACGAAACGCACUGUGACUUCCUUCACACUCCCACUCACACACACACCAACACAAACAUGGAUCUUCCAUUAGAAUCGCGUGCAAAGGCAGAUGCAGUGAGAGCGAGAUAGUUAAGCUCUGUUCAGGGAACUCGUAAUACAUAGGCAGCGAGAGCGAGAUAGCCUACGCUCUGCUCAAACAACUUCUAUUGAACAUUUUUGGGUGUUGCUCUAUAGCUGAGGAACAUACUUAUGUAUGUGCACAAAUACAUACAUAUUCAGUGAGAGCGAGAUGGCACAAGCUUGAAACUAGAAAAACUGUGGAACAUGUGUGCGUUCACAACUAAAUUUCGAUGUAAUUGUAAUUGUCACUCUAGCUAGCUUACCAUAAACGCAUACAUACAUAUAUGCAUGUAUUUAUUAUUUAUAAAUAUGCAAAUACGAAUUGUUAAAGCUUUCUCAGACAAGAGCAGAUGUACAUAUGUAUAAGUAAAGCAUUGGAAGCAAAUACUAUGUAACGGUAAUACGGACAGUCGGCCAUACGAACGAGCCUUGCACAAAACAAAACGAACAAAAAAACAAAAAACAAAAAACCAAUACACUCGCUUUCACAGAGUAAAAACAAUAUGUUUGACUAGAUCUACUACACUUAAGAGAACAACCGAAACAAAAACAA